GACUCACCUUUUCCUGUGCGGAAAAUUCAAGAUUAUCGAAUAACACAUCGCGAUAUGGAAGUCGGAGUGUCAAUCCUUCGUCAAACCGGCGUAAAGUGUAAUUUUUUAUUCCCCCUCCGGUAGCGAUGCGCGAGCGAUAUAAAUACUCUCUUCUAUUUUACACUUUGCGCGAAAAUGGAGAGGAUUAUUGUUAUUGUUCGUCGUAUUUAAAUUUUUACAUGGAAUGUUCUCUCUUGAUUUCUGUAUAUGGUUUUAACACUUUUUUCUCGAUGUAAUUUGGAACGCAACCGAGAUCCAAUGAGAGAACUGAAUUCUUGGGAAUUGAUCAAAAACAAAUUCUUUCAUUGGAUUACUUGGCCGCGUUCUCAAGCGCAUAAAAAAAAAGUGUUUCUACCGUAUUGAAACCGAGUGCAGUCACAUUCUUGAAUUGUGGCCUGAGGAUCGUAACGAUACUCUGUACUUAAAAUGAGGCAAAAAAUGGAAAUGGGAGAAUUCACGAGCAAUGGAGCACCUGUAGAAGAUACUGAAAAUCGGGAAUCAGUCAUGAUCAAUUCUGAUAUUAAAGAGUAUAUGAAGUUAAAAAAAUCGGUCGAAGAUUCCAACCAGGUAGUAAAGUACUGGACAGAUGAGACAUCGAAGUUGCUCGAGAGUAAUGGCAACAUUGAAACGAACCACGAUAAGUUAAUGAUGAAAAUAUCAGAGAUUGACAAACAGAUAUCGGAAAUUACAAAUAUACACGCUACGAAGGAGCAAGAAUUGGAAAAUUUGCAAAAUGCAAGGACGAACUUAUCGCACAAACUGUGGAAUGAUUGUCUUUCAGAAGUGGGAAAAUAUGCUGAUAAUUUUUGUCAAUGGAUAAAGGAAUAUUCCAAUAAUGUUUUGAUGAAGGAUAUCGAAAAUUUUCACAAAGAAUGCGAAGAAGUUGAGACCGACCUUGUAAAUUUGAAACAAGAACUGAAUGAUAUGCAAAGAAAACAUAAUUCAGAUUAUGUUGAAGCUAAUACGGGUAUUAAAGAUUUAUCAAAUCUCAAUACUGUAAUAACUGAUAUCAGGCGCAGUAAUAAUAAUCUGAUGCAUACGAUUAGAUUAACGGAGGUCUCGUUGAACAAGAUAGAGAAGAAGAUAGAACAGAACAAAAUCGCAAUUAACGAAUGUAAGGCGAAAGAGAAUACCAAUAUGUUUUGAAGUGUGUUACAUAGUUUACAUACAUAUUGUCUUAUUUUCUUUAUUUUAUAUAAAAUAAAUUAGAAAAAAAAUGUUU